CAAGGACCUGAGGACAUUCCAACUCGUGCCUCAAGGGCACGGUGGCAGAUCAUCCACUUGCGCGAGCGGGCUCGUAGCCGUUAUGGCUCGCAGCCGUCAUGGCUCCCUGCGGGCGCACCGCAUGACGGGUCUGGGUCGGCUUGGCAGUGCAAGUGACCCCAAGGCUUGCUGACCGAGCUGCAGGCCCUACAUGGACUACUUUGCUGUUGGUGGUCGACCGUUCUUGUCGCAGUUCCCUCCUCACGUGCAGGGCAUCUUCAAGCUUGCUCGGUUCGAGCAGGACGCCUCUGGCCAGGCCGUGUACUCGGACACCGGGGGAGCUGCAUCGCAGCACGAGCUUGCCGCUGCAUCCUCUGGUGCAGCUGCAGGGCCGACUCUGCCACUCAUGGCGGGGCAGACCAACGCGGUCUCGAGCACGGGCCCCACAAUGGCGUUCUCGCCUGCAGACCGCGAGCCCGCUGACAGGCCGCCGGCCCCAGGCCAGCGCGCGGUUGCCACUCUGCCGCCAGCGCCCUGUCCGCUGCAUCAGGGCUUUGAUCCCGCAAAUGUCGGCGUCUGGGAUUCUGAUCGUUUCAGGAUGGUCAAGAAGCUGCAGGACGCCACCAGGAACAGGGGCAUGGUGCAUCUCAUGCACGAUAAUGAGGCUGGCGUGGACGUGGCCGUUAAGCAGAUGCCGAACGGGUGGUUCCGCAAUUCGCACCAGGAGUUUGUGGCCGAGCACCCCACUGAGACGGAGAUGCCGUGGCAGGAUAUCGGGUGCGUCAAUUUCUUGAACCAGGCUGGGUACGCGUACGCGUGCACCCUGCUCGGGGUGUUCAAGGACACGGAUUUCACCUACGUGGUGACCAGUUUUGCAUCGGAGGGGGACAUGUUCUCCUGGUGCGAGUCUGGCGUGCCGCCUGGCCCCGAGCGCGAGACGGUUGUGCGCCCGUUGGCGAGACAGAUGCUGGAGGGCGUGCAGCAGCUGCACGAGAUGGGGAUCGGCCACCUGGACCUGUCCCUUGAAAACAUCCUCAUGUGCAAGGCCGAUGACGGCAGCCUGUCCAUCCGAAUCAUCGAUUUCGGAAUGGCCACGAACUCGCGGUACCUCAAGAAUUGCGUGAGGGGCAAGGCAUCGUACCAGGCGCCCGAGCUGCACACCAGCCAGAGAUACGACGCCUGCCUUUCUGACGCGUUCUCUCUCGGAGUGACGCUGUACGCCAUCUUGGUGAAGGACUAUCCAUGGCUGUCCACGCGGCCAGGUGGCUGCAAGUGCUUCGAGUAUGUCAGGAAGCACGGCUUCCGGCCGUACUUGGACAAGCGGAAGCUCCGCAACAGCCAGCUGAGGGUCGGCGAGGUCAUGUCGGAGCCGCUCAAGCAGCUCCUGGAAGGCCUCCUGGCCCUGGACCCCGCCCAGCGGCUCACGCUCGGGGAGGCAUCGUGGGCGAGCUCCGCGGGCGCCAGCCCGAGUCGUGGCUCCGUGUGGGACGAGCCGUGGAUGCACGACCAGCAGGGGGCGCUCUGAUUCCCAUUGGGCGCCCGUCGCGCAAAGCUAAAUCUGAUCCAGGGGCCCACAUGCCGUCUGCAGGGAUGUGGAAGAGUGAAUGAUGGGGCGAACCGGAUGUGGGCGGGCAGUCGAGGAAGGCAGCUGUGGCUGCGCGGUGCCCGGAACAGUCACCGGACUGUUUGUAGGCUGAGGGCCCACGCUGCCGGUCAGUUUUUCGCACAGCGUGCCAAUAUCAUGCCCGCCCGCAAUCGUCGUUGCCCUUUCAUAUGCUUACAGAGGCAGCUGUUGACUGGCUGAACACAGAGGGCACUUGCUCUCAGCUGAUACUAGCACGUAUUUCUGGUCAAUGCUCGCUACCGCCUCAAAGUUUUCCGUCGCGGGCUUGCCCCGGUGACAAAAGACAACAAAAGACAGGUUAGGGCUUUAGUUUCAAUGUUCCCACGUUCUAUGUGCUUGAUUUGAGCAGUGUAGUGUCUCAGUUCCUUCGUUGGUCUAUUCAGCCUUCCUCUUCGCGUUGAUGCAUUCCUCCCUGUCGCAAUUCUUCUGGUGACGGCUUGCGCCUGUCGUCUUUCGCAAGCCCUGCGUCACGAAAUAAAUAGUGUCAACUUGCAUGAGCUGAUGGUGGGGUCUCCCGUGGGGUGCCAACGAAACCGUGUUUCAAGCACCCUGUCCGUGGGAAGACCAGACGACUGGUACACGCCAGUGGUUCCUGACCAGGCCCUCCUCUCAGAGGGGAGGAGGCCUACCAGGGCCAUGUGGAGUCUCGCCUGCCGCGAGCAGACCUUCACAAGGGGCUGGAUAUGCCUGCAGUCUCGGGGAUGCGAGCGUCUCGCGGGUGUGUGGUAGCGCCGCGUUUCGCAACAGCAAACACAGUACGGUCAAAGCGCUGAAAGAGGUCUUGACGCUUCGCAUAUUUUCACCGGUCUUACUCGCCGUUGGCGCGCUCGCCUUCGGCUGCUAACAGAAAGUAUUCUCGCU